AUGUACGUGGUAGUAGCAAUUCUCUGUCUAUUAGUGACACAAAGUCAUGUACAGGCAGAAUCAAAAAUAGACCUUAAAGAUAAAGUUACUGUUGUUACUGGCGCUGCUAGAGGCAUCGGUCGCGCCAUGGCUGACAAUCUGUUAAAAGAAGAAGUGGAAGUUGAAAUUAUCGUUGACAAAAAUCUUACGCAAGGUUUAGUAACGGAAACUGAAUUCAAAACCACAUAUGAUGAAGAGAAAGUAUGGUUUAUUCACGGAGAUAUUACUACUGAUUUGGACUGGGUAUUCGAAAAAAUAUUUGAGAAAUAUGAGUACGUUCAUAUCCUUGUGAACAAUGCAGGCAUAGUGGAGGAAAGUGAUCCAGAGCUAACAUUAAAGACAAAUAUGGUGGCUCCUGCACUAUGGUCGCAGAAGUUCUACGAUGUCAUGAGGAACGAUAAAGGGGGCAAAGCUCUUCAAUAA